AUGAAAGGAGACCCGAAUUUUGUCGUGCUGAAGUAUCCGGGAUGGCUAGACGCUGCCAAAUUCGAGGAUAAAAUCCUAGGUGCCAUCGUGCGCUACCCAUUCAAGCCCACCAACGAAUACCUGCCAGACAGCCCCCUGCGCUAUAACAAGAACGACCUAGUGGAAGGCUGCUUCACCAACUUCCUCCACGACAAUACUGAAACCAAGUCCCGCGACGCGUCGGCGGCGCUGGAGUCGCUCGUCGGCUUCAAGUGGCAAGGCAGCAAAGAGGAAAUCGUUCGCCUUCAGGGCAAGUUGCUCCGCGUCAAGCGUCUGCAGCAGCAUGCGCAAUUUUGGUCGCAGCUCAAGACCGACGAGGCCGUCCGCAAUGCCGUCCCCGACUGGAUUUCUUUACUCAACACGUGGCCGCCGUGUCUCGUCGUCGGCGUCAUGAUCGCCGAAGACGUGGAGCUGGACUUUUCCGGAGCCCGAGAACGCCGGCGCGAGGGUGUGAUUGAGGCUCCGGUGGCGACGGUCGCGCUCACGGCCGCCGGUGUGCCCUCGGCCCUCUUGGGGGUUGAUGUAGGGAACCCGCAGGUAUCGGUGGGCUCUGGCGGGAAAACUGCAACCGUGUUUCGCGCGAGUUCGGCGCAGCGCAGCAUCUUUGCGUUGGAGCUGCGUAUCGUCACCACGGCGUUUCUCCGCCGGCGGGAGCUGGCGCUGAAGGAGGAUGGGCCCAAGGUCUACUCGGGCCGGCUUGCGGACGGUGAGCAGAACUGGGACAGCGAGGAUUCUGACGGAGCUGUUGGCGUAGAGGACCUGAUCUUGGAAAUUUUCACGCAGAAAGAGUACAGUGAAAUGAAUUAA